AAACUUCCGGUUGAUCUUUGAGCUUUUGACUCCACGCAUGCGCAUUUUCUUUUCCCAACCGGAAGCUCAUUCACUUUCCGUUUCCUGACAUCAGACGAACUCUUCAUCACAUCAUAAUGCCGAAAUCAAAGGAAGUGCUGUCCUCCACAUCUGGAAGUGACUCUGACAGUGAAGUAGACACCAAGGCCAAGAGGAAGAAGUCAAGUGCACCAGAGAAACCAGCCAAGAAAUCUAAGAGUGGUGAGAGUUCAAAGCCGGGCAGCUCAUCCAAAGGGAGCGGUAACAGUGACGACAACAUGUUCCAGAUUGGGAAGAUGAGAUAUGUCAGUGUUAGGGACUUCAAAGGUAAAGUCCUUAUUGAUAUCAGAGAAUACUGGAUGAACCAAGAUGGAGAAAUGAAGCCAGGAAAGAAAGGUAUCUCCCUGAAUCCUGAACAAUGGAACCAACUGAAAGACCAGAUUUCAGAGAUUGACGACGCCGUAAAGAGGACAUAAACAUUUAAUGUUAUGUGUUGGACUGUCGAAAAUGUUGGCUAUUGAGUUUUGUAACAAACCUGAAAUUGUUUUUGUAAUAGACUUGUUUACUUUGUAGUUACGUAGUCCCAGUGUCCUCUGCAUAGUCUGUUCUUCUACGUGUGAGAGCUGUUUUUGAGCUGUUGUAGUAAACGAGGGGGUGAAUUAGUAGGUGGUGGAUCAUUACGUUUGGUGGGGAAUGUGGAAAUGUGAUGUUUUUCUAAUGAAUAAAAAUGAGGCACCAGCUUGAUAUUGGUUAGGUUA